AAUGAUUCCGGUAACAUUUGGCGUUCUGCAAAUACGUAGGACUCGAGACGUUUUGGUUGUACUUGUUCACUUCCGUUUUUGGUCAUCUGGGGAAACGUAUGAAAGCCUCCUUUCCAAUGAUCUUACAAAAAAAAAUCGUCAGAGUAACUUUGACAUCUUAGAUCUACUUAUAGCUUCCGAUGAACUACUACUAUCAGAAUUAUUUGAUCACAUCCAAGAUUAUCUUUUAAACACAAAAUUUGAAUGGGUCAAACGCAACGUAGUAAAAGUGCAUCGAACUAUCUAUCCGCAUGAAGGGUGCAAAAGGCUGCAAAACUUUUGCUUGGACGCCAUAUGUAAAAAUCCCGUGUUGGUAUUUGAAUCAAAGGAUUUUCUGGAAUUCGAGGAGUCGUUAUUGACGACGUUGCUUAGUAGAAAUGAUUUGCAGAUUGAGGAGAUUGUGAUUUGGGAACACUUGAUUCGUUGGGGCAUGGCUCAGAUGUCCGGAUUGAAUUCCUCGUCUUCAUCCACUUCGUCAUCAUUUGUUUCAAUUAGUUCGAUGCCAUUCUGUGAUGACACUAAUUCUCUUGUUAUUGACAAUAGUGGGGCAAAUACAAAUAAUGUUGAUUUAUCCGCUUGGAAUAACGAAGAUUUCUUGGAACUAGAAAGAAUAUUGCACAACUGUAUUCCAUUGAUUAGAUUCUUCCAUAUUUCCUCGAAUGAUUUCUACGAUAAAAUCUGGCCAUUCCAAAAAAUUCUUCCUGACGAUCUGAAAGAGGAUGUUCUUCAAUAUUACCUCAAGCGUAAUACCAUUCACCUCAACUUAUCUUAUUAUGCCAUCACUCACGCAGAAUCCCAUUCGCUCUCUUCCAACACUCUCACUUCAAUCCCGAGUCCCCUGAAAAACAUUUCUCGAUAUUUGCAACCACCUAGGAUAGUUCCCUUUAAUUCCACCUUAAUAAAAACCGAACACGUUGCUCGUUUUGGUGGCAACAGUUCUAACAAUAAUAACGAUUCAAAAUCUGGUAAUAGUUCGGGAUGUUCAAGUGGGUACAGCAGUGGAAGUGAGAAUAGUGCAAGUGGAAACGGCGAUAAGAAUAGCGUUCAACAAAGUAACGAAAAACGAUUGAAUUUGGAUGAUGCUAAAUUAAGCAGAGUUCGACGUCCUGGGUAUGCGAUAAGAAUUAAAGAUAAGACGUAUGGUCCGUGCUUUGGUGACAAGGAUUUGUGGAUGAGGAAUAACUUUAAUGCGUAUGAUAGUUGCAGUAGCGACAAAGAUGAUUACAGCGAUAAGGUGACGACUUUGAGUAAAUUUUGGGUGAUGGAAUACGAGGUGUUUCAGGUGAUCAGAAAGUAA